UUGUGUUGUUACCGAGCAUGUAAUUAUAGGCUCUUCAGUGGCGACCCAGAAGGACGCAACCCUCUGUUGAAGCAACGUAACCUGCCCGAGUCUUUCUUUGAACCAGAAUCGGAAAAUGAAUCAGAAGAUAUGCCGGAGGACCUCAAGCUUAUGGUCAAUCAUGUUCGCCUUCUCAGAUACUUAGGCCGUGAUGUAGUUCAAGGCCUUUCUUCCGUCAUCAGCACAAUCGAAUUACGGUCAGGCCGCUUCCUAUUUCGCGACGGGGAUCCUGAGGAUAAAAUUUUCGUCGUAAAAAGUGGACGCCUGGAUUUAAGAGUUAUCGAUGAAGAUGGGUCAACAACUACCAUUCACGAAUUAACUACUGGAGGCAAUCCAUAUAGCCUUUUAGCUAUAAUUGAUGCGAUGAAUAACCUUCAACCGAAGUACCAGAACAUUGAGGCCGUUGCUGUGAGCCGUUGCUCAGUGGUGUGUCUAUCGAUUUCUGACUUGAUAAAAGUCUGUCGUGAUUUUCCACCUGCGAACCUCCGGCUUGCUCAAAUGAUUAUAAUUCGUCUCCAUCGAGUCACAUUCGCAGCUUUGCACAACUUUUUUGGUCUGGAUAAAGAGCUCUUUUCUCAGGAACCACAGACAUUCUUAAAGGAAUCAGCAGUUAAAUCGGUUUUGGGACGCUUCGGUAAAUCUGGGCGUAAUGCCGCCUCAAAUGUCCCCUUACCUGUUCAUGACCUCUCCUGGUAUUUUCUGUUCAAACCAAGUCGGAAAGGGGCACCAUCAUAUCCCAAGUGGUUGUUUUUUGUCUGGGUAGCCUCUUCGCACAAAAAGCGAAAAUCCAAACCGGCCAUUUUGAUGCCCGCUGGGUCGUCCACCGCCGACCACCUGAUUCCUCCCCAAGCCACAACAAGCACCGGCAGCCUAGACGAGAUGGGCUCUCUGGUACCGUCGAAUUCGGUCUCUAAGCUACUCGAGCUGGGCGAAGUGGCUGACGGCGUGUCGGAGUGCUCCGGCCGCCUGAGUCGCACGCCAAGCAUGCGCUCAACCAAACUUCACGACGCCCUCGUUCGAGCCGCCCAGCAGGACUUGGCGCGUCUCUUUGGCAUCAGCGAGGGCGGCCAGGUGCUCGAUAAGAUGGUCAGUGUGAUCGACGUGAAUGCCGGCGAUGUUGUCAUCAAGGAGACGGAGAUUCAGCCCGAACUCUACUACAUAAUCUCCGGGGGUUUCGUUCUAACUCAGCUAAACUCUGUGCCCGGGUCGGUACGUUUUCGCCUUUUCCACAUCUGCGGCGACCUAGGUGUUAGAGGACGUCGUGUUGCGCGCGGCAAUUUUCCUGAUAUCCUCAACAGACACGUAAAAAGCCAGUGUCUGUGCCCACUAAAAGCCUUCUGCAAGUUGCGCAAACUCACAAAGAAACAGUUUCGCAAAUUACGCAAGCGUGAGACCACUCAAAUCAAUCACAGUCCCUCUCUUGUUGCUCACCAGACGUCGACAAAAACGGUGGCGGUGUUCGAGGCGACCCCAGGCGAGCUGAUUGGCCUGCUGGGCGUGAUCACGGGGGAGCCGAACAACUGCAGUGUGCAGGCCAGCGCCGACUCGCGGGUCGCUGUGUUGCCGCGCAACGACUUCUUCAGCCUGGUCCGUGCCUACCCCCAGGUCCUCACCAACGCCGCCCACCUCGUCAGCCUCCGACUCUCCCCCCUCCUCCGCCAAGCCGACUUCGCCAUCGAGUGGCACGGUGUUGAUGCUGGGAAGGCUCUUUUCAAUCCAUCACGUUUACGUGACUGCACUCUUUUUCCGAUUCUUCUACCCGUUGAAGCAGUCGCGAUGCGCAUUCGUCCACUAGCCGUGAAGAUGGCAAUGCUGUUUACCGUGGAUAUCUGUUUCAGGCAAGGCGAUUGUUCGAACUACGUCUACGUGGUGUUGAACGGACGUUUCCGUGAAGUUCACACCAACGACGAUGGGAGCCGCACCGUGAUUGCCGAAUCCGGUCGCGGAGCCUUCCUCGGCUACGUGGAGGUCACCAGCUGCAAACCCCGCGUGAAUACCGUCCUGGCGAUCCGUGACUCCGAGGUGGUGAAAAUGCCCUCUAUCCUGCUAAAUUGGCUGAAACAACUGACGCCCAAUCCCAUCAACCGCUUCAUCCAACUCCUCUCUGACCGCCUGAUGCAGCCCUCGUCCUACUCCAUCUGUUCUGACGGCUUCAAUCAGCCUGCUGUCGACUUGGCCAACAGCGAGCCCCUCAACAGCACCAGGUGUGUCCUUCAGAAGUCGCAACUCAACGCCGCCGGCAGCGGCGGCGUGAUGGCCAACCUCCGCGCCAUCGCCAUUCUCGCCACCACGCCCGAAAUCAACACUGAGGCGUUCACGCUGGAAAUGCAGCACGCAAUGUCCGUCUUCGGCUCUUCGAUUCGACUCACGUCAGGUAUGCAAACACGCAAUUGUCGGGGGUCCUGCAGACUAGGAAGGCCGCCGGUCGUGUGUGCUCGAUCAGCUUCAGGCACUCCAGCUGGGAAGAUGGGCAAGCUCUGCGUCUGGUCACGCGUGGACCGUGUUGUUGGCGAGAACUUCAUCUUCAAAUGCUCUCGUGACAUAAUCAAAAAGCGAAUAGGCGAGAACGCCUUCGAGCCACUGAACGACUACCGUUUGUGUUCAUGGCUCAGUCACCAGGAGGAUCUCCACAGAAUGGUCUUCUACAUAGCGGAUAGCCAUCGGUCGUCCGCUUGGACACGUAGAUGUCUUCGUCAAGCCGACUGUGUUGUUGUCUUGGCUCUCGGCUCCACAGAAGACCCCUCAAAGUUGUCUCCGGUGGAGCAGGUCAUCGAUUCCUGCACCACAAAGGUAACGAAGAUCCUCGUUCUGAUGUAUCCCCUGGAAACGGAGUACCCACCAGCCAAGAAGACGGCCUCGUGGUUGAACGCGCGCCCCUGGGUGACCCAGCACUACCACAUCCGCUGUCCGCCGCGCGUGCUCAACCCCACCGUCAAGAACCUCAUCACCUUCUACAGCCAGGUCUUCCUCGUCGAAGAGCCCAAUCCCCACUCCGACAUGUCUCGUCUCGUGCGCUACCUCACCGGCCAGGCUGUUGGACUGGUGCUUGGUGGUGGCGGUGCCAAGGGUGGUGCCCAUGUUGGCAUCAUUCGUGUCCUUCAGGAGGCCGGCAUACCGAUAGACAUGGUGGGCGGAACAAGCAUCGGCGCGCUGAUUGGCGCGAUGUGGGCCGAGGAGACGCGCGUGGCGGAGUUCUCGCAGCGCUCGCGUGACUUCGCCCUCGUCUUCAAGUCGAUCUGGCCCAAAAUUCGCGACCUCACCUACCCCACUGUCUCCCUCUUCUCCGGUUACGAAUUCAAUGCCUACAUUGAGGCCACAUUCAAGGAUCGUCAGAUUGAGGACUUGUGGCUGCCCUAUUUCUGCGUCACCACUGAUAUUAGUAAUUGUAAGAUGCGAGUUCACACAAGCGGCUCGCUGUGGCGAUAUGUGCGCUCAAGCAUGACCUACCCCCUGCUCCUGCCUCCUCUCUGCGACCCCCGUGAUGGCCACCUCCUGGUCGACGGUGUCUUCGUCAAUGUUGUCCCAGUGUCUCUGUUUCGUUUGCUGUCCGUUUCGAUUCUGCCAUCCGUCCACCCCACCCCACCGCACGAUCCUCGGACAGGCUCGCUUUGGCGCUACGUCCGAUCGAGCAUGUCGCUUUCAGGCUAUAUGCCGCCGCUUUGCGAUCCAGUCGACGGCAGCUACCUCCUCGAUGGUGGCUACACCAACAACGUACCCGCUGACAUCAUGGCGUCGUUCGGCGCGAAGACCAUCUACGCCGUGGACGUGGGUUCGGUUUAUGAUACAAAUCUGACCAAUUACGGCGAUUGGCUGUCCGGCUGGUGGCUGAUUUACCAGCGUUUCUUCCGUUGGUGGGGUCCGCCAAUCCGCGUGCCCAACUUCACAGAAAUUCAGUCGCGUCUCGCCUACAUCUCCUGUAUCCGUCAGCUGGAAGAAGUCAAAUCCAGCGGAAUAUGCCACUACCUUCGUCCCCCAAUCGACCGAUUCAUGACACUCCAAUUUUCCGCUUUCGAGGAGAUUGUAGCGGUUGGUUACAAUUACGGGAAGGAGAUGCUGGAGGAGUGGCAGAGGUCCGGUGCCUUCAACCAGAUGAUGCCCAACACGUACAAACGCGUGCGAUACAGGAGUUCUGGUGGCCACAGAAAGGCGCGUUCGGUGUCAAUCGGCGCGCUAUCCACCUCCACGUCCUCCGUCCUAGCCGACGACGCCACACACCAGGAUCCGACCGCUGCCGACUCGCACGUGGCGGAGACGGCUGUCAAGCGGCGCCGAGGCAGCCUGGAGAAAAUGUCGCCACCGCCCUCGACUGAGGCCGAUGAAGGUCGUCAUCGUCCAGAUUUUAACGACGAAUGGUGGAAAACAUGGCUACGACUUCAUCCAGAGCGCAUUUCCAAACUGGCCCUGGGUUCCACGGCGUUCGAUAGGAUGGACGACGGGAAGAUGCUGCCCCUGGCCGAGCAGUGGCUCUACGCGCCCUCGAAACUGCACAAGUCGAGGAAAUCGACCAGGCGAAGCAAACCACGCUCCCGCGCUCCCGUCCUCGCCAAAUCCGUCACUCCAGACUCUAAGCGCCUAGUUCCAACCAAAGGCUCUCCGUCGGAUAACGAAGGGGACUUCUCGAUGGACGACGAGGAGGGCGUGGAGGCCGUGGACGCGGCAGAUGACUUCCUGGUGACCGCGUCCGACCCCGAGCUCUCUUCUAUCCGCUACACCAUGGCGACCACGAAACUCUCCCACCACCACCGCAGUGCCGACAAAGGCGCGAGUCUCACCGAGGUGGGCCUGUCGGAUGGCGAAAUCACGCCGAAGGUGGCCGUCGUCAAAGCGCCCCAUCGACGUCACCGACUACGUCGAAGAGGCUCCUUGAAUAAGGUGAGCUGUGUUGGUGGGAGCCUUGUCAACCGUCAGACUUCACAUGGAGCAGAUCAACUACCCGUCCUGCUCCCAGUAGCAACGCCCCCCCCCACACACAACCAGUUUCCGUCUCUCGGUGAACACUUGCACGCGAAAACAGUGAAACAAGAAAACGGCGGCAGCGUCGCUUCCUCUGCCGCUCACUCUGUACAGCAUCCACCGCCAUCGCCAACACAAUCCACCGUCUCAUCUUCCACGUGCACGGAAGAGAUUCCACGCUGUCUCACCGCUCCACCCUCUCGGCGCCCGUGUCGUUCCUUUUUUUCCAUUGUCUUGUAA